CUAACGAUGACUUAACAGUGUAGAGGCUUUAACAAUAACCGCAACAACAAUAAUAUAAUAAUAAUAUAGGCUCAGUUUCUGUUUACAUGUACAUUAUCUCAAACCGUAGGAACGCCUCUCAUUAUUUAAUGUAUACGAUACAUUUAUUAUGGUGAUCUAAUGUAUAUAAUGUUGGGAAAUCGCACUGUUGUUGUGUGUUAGGGCUGCACCUAACGAAUUCUUUUCAUAAUCGAUUUGUCAGUCAAACACAAAUUGCUGUUUGGCAAACUUCACAUUUUUUACACGCAGCGAAGCAGCGCCAUCGUAUGGUAAGGUCAUACAGUGCAUGCCAUUGCCUCGGUUCUCUGGAUAGACACGGACCAGCAACAAUGCCUGAUGCAAGUAUUACAAAUCUACACUCAGACAUCAGACGUUUUUGGUGUUGGAUGUGGUGUUAUUACGCAGAACACCAUUCAUGUUUUAAUUCAAGAAGUGGAGUGAACAUCUGACAGUCUAACCCAAGCACAAAAUGCUAUUAUUUCGUAUGAAGCAAAUUAAAGCUGUUUUUAAUUGGACUGAACAUAAUAAUAUUAAUUCAGAAUGAUUUUUUUUCAGGACUGUUGUGUUAGAGUGUAAUAAUAUUUGCUCCGUGUUUCUAAUAAACUACCAACUGAGCACAUGUGGUAAUUUUUUCGCCCCAACAUUUCUGAAAUCACUUACAUUUAACAAUUCUUAAUAUGCACCCUUUUCUGCCUGUUCGUGAAUUUACCCAUGAGUGCGACUUAUUUGACAAAGAAGUAUUAGGAUACCAAUAACGGAGAACUACACUUCCCGGCUGUCAUUGCGCCUACCUCUGCCGCAAACAAAGACAGCCGUAUGCUCUCGCGCUGCUCGAGUAGUUUGUAAGCAAGAAAAAGGACGAAAUAAAAUCAACAACACAGCGCAGUUUUAGCAAAGAUGAUCUUAACCACGAGUGUAACCACAAAACUCAAAAGUCUUUGCAAAUCCUCGCGUGAUUUCAAGCUUCCGGAAGUUGGAAUGGCAUAAGAGAGCUGUCCGAGGUGCUGACACUGUGAGUCGUGCUCGUCCUGCUUCAGAACCAUAGAACGGAAAGAUGGAUGAAAAUCAAGAGUCAUCCCCUUGCAUCACCAACAGCUACAAUGUCAGCAACAGCUCCACACAAAGUCAACCUGGCAGUGCUCCACAAUGCAACGGGGCCCCAGAGCAUCGGACCCUGCUGCGGGUAUCCGAGUCCCACGGACUGCAGCUCCUGGGAACACUCAGAUCACUGAGGGAGCGGGGUUUGCUGUUUGACUUCACCAUAAAGGUCCAGGAACGCAGUUUUCCCUGCCACCGUUGUGUUCUUGCAGGCUGCAGUGAUUUCUUCAGGGCUAUGUUUGAGGUAGACAUGCGGGAGUGUGGCGACGGGUCUGUGACCCUGGGUAACCAGUGUCCGGUUGCUGUGGGUUCUUUCCUGGAUUUUGCAUACUCUGGAGAGGCCCUCAUUACUGACAGCAAUGUAGACAUGCUGUUUCAGCUUGCCACUUUUCUACAGAUACCAGUCCUGUCCAGAGCAUGCAGUGACUUCCUGAUAGGAACUAUGGAGCUUUGUAACUGCCUGUCCCUCUUGUCCCUCGCCGAGGCCUACGGAUCAACCUCACUCCUCCAAAGUGCCAAAGAGUUUGUGGUUCAGAACUUUUCUGAGCUUUCCAAAACACAGGACUUCCUGGAUAUGCAGGCCAAUGUAUUGGAGCAAUGCCUCAGAUCAGAUGCUUUAAACAUGCAGUGUGAGGAGGAAGUAGUGAUGUCACUGCUUAGAUGGGUACGUUGCGAUCUCCAAGCAAGACAGAAAUUGUUACUAGGAUUGUUAUCACUAACCAGACUGCAUCAUCUACCUGCAUCUGCACUAAAGACUCUGCAUGAUUCAGACUCUCUGCUCUGCAAGGACGAGUCCUGCCUCGCCCUACUGUCAGAGGCACAAAGCAGACAAAGUCAACACAGCGGCCUUCUGAAUGAUGCCAGACCAGCCACCACGCAGAGCUACAUCUACAUCCACAAAACAGAGGAGAACGGAGAAAUCCGCCACAGCUUCUGCUACUGUCUGGAAACAGACCAGUGGAAAGAGCUGGAAAUGGGGCAAGGAAAAGGGACGACCACAUUUCCAGACCCACCUGGAUCAUACCUGACCAGCUAUGCCGAGAAGAUGUUUGUCACGGGUGGCUGUCGUGGAAAUUGUUGCCGAGCAGUUCGUCUUCACGUGGCAGAACCAUUUCACGACGCCACUGACGAGGUUUGGUGCUUCUGUCCUGUGACUCUAACCUGCUCGCCUGCACCCGCCAUGCUGAAGCCCCGCACCAUGCACACAGCUGUGACCUGCCUGGACCGAGUGUACGUCAUUGGGGGACGGACCACGGGAUCCAGAGUGGGGGCUGCCAAUUUGCUGGAGGUGGAAUCUUAUAACCCUCUGACUCAGACCUGGUCCUCGGUCAGCCCGCUGCCCACUGCCAUCUUUUACCCAGAGGCCAGUGCUUGUGGCAGUGUCAUUUAUACUCUUGGAUCAGAAGUGGAAAUAACAGGCUCCUUCAACCCCUCGCUGGACUGCUUCUUCUGCUAUGACACCCAGCAGGACCAGUGGAGCCGCCUGAUGGCAGAGUUUGGCCAGUUCUUCCAUGCUACGCUGGUCAAAGCCGUGUCAAUUCAGAAUACACUGCACCUUUGUGACCUGUCCACUUACAAGGUCUAUAGUUUUUGUCCUGAGACCUGUGUGUGGAAGGGUGAGGGCUCAUUUGAGUGUGCUGGGUUCAACGCUGGAGCGGUUGGUAUGAGAGACAGAAUCUACAUCCUGGGCGGAGAUUACUCUCCUGACGAGAUCACUGAUGAGGUUCAGGUGUACUACAGUGGGAGGUGUCAAUGGGAGGAAGUUGCGCCCAUGCCCAGAGCGCUAACUGAGUUCCACUGCCAGCUCAUCAGCUUCAACAGACACAGAGACCCCUGGAGUGCCACAGCAUGAGGCACAGUGGUCACAUGAUCAUUUACAACUGCACACCAAAUGUGGCAAUGGAUGUACAUGUGUGUAACAUGAUGUAAGCAUCUAUGCAUGAAGAGAUGAGAUGAGUCUUCCCUGCCUUUCAAACCUGUGCGCACGGACACAAAACACCAACAAAGGGGAGUGACAGUUAAAAGUUUGUGUUCUGUUAACACCACAUCUUUUAUAGAUGAUCAUAAGAGGACCUGAGCCAAAUUAUUUAUUUGUGUAUUUAUUUAUUUUUAAAAGAUUUAAUCCUUUGUAUUAUAUUUGUGCAUCUGCUGUCAUAAGGUCUUUGUUAUGUCAGUCUAAAUAUGGUUCCUCCGAUGCAAGAACCAAAGAGCGUCGGACUGUUUUAGAAAUCCUAUUUUAGUACCUGAAUAUUUUUUUGUCUAAUUAAUAUUUUUCAAAUGCAGAAUCCAUUCAAAUAACUCAUGGUAUUGGUAAAUCUUUCAUUUUUGAGGCUCCAUUUUAUCAUCCUUAACAGAGAAUUACUCCUCUUUGACUUUUACCAAAUUUGGUGAUUUUGUAAUCUGAAUUUCCAGGAGUGACACAAUGGUUGAGCUAUCCCAUAUUGUUUUUUUCUGAUUUUCAUCUCUUAGUUCGGCUUAUUGAAUGACACUUACAGCCCAACGUAAAAUUGUUUCAAGACAAUACUGAAAUGAAUUAUUUGGGUACAUUUUCACUUAAAAAAAAGAAACUUGCCUUUGUUCAGUUUCAUGUAUCCACGCAUGCACUGUUUCACUUCUCCAGCUUUCCCCAGCUUGUGACUAUUCUACAUGUGACCAGUAGAUGGACCUCUGCAGCAAAUGCUUGUCUGAUGUAAAUGUGUGGGCUUUAUUUACAGUAUAUGCAGUAGAUAAAUAUUCCAGCUUCAAAGUCUACUAGAACUAAAAAGAAAUGCAAAGAGGAAAACGUCGGCCUUACAGUGGAAAUCAUGUUUGGUUGUGGAAAAAGAAAAGUAAAUUGAUUGAUUUAUGUCAAGAUGUGAACCUAAACAUUGUGCUUCAUAAUUUAUGUUGAUGCCUGUUUCUGUGAGGAAAUACAGUGCAUGCAUUUGACACUAUGUACAGUGUAUAUAUAUUUAAGUAACAACUGCA